AUGCCCUCCAUCAAGUCCUGCCUCGCUUCCCUCGCCCUCGUGGCUCUCGCCAUCAGCCCCGUCGCUGCCACUCCCCUGAAGAUCAACGACGCUGCCCUCGUCCGCCGUGCGCCCGAGCCCGCUUUCUUCUCGAACGAGGGUGCUAUCGAGAAGCGCGACGUCUCCCGUAAGGAGAUUGCCGCCCGCCUCAAGCGCGCCAAGAUCGCCGCCGCCCGCAAGGCCAAGCGCGAGAACCGCGAGCGCGACACCUCUGAGCUCGUCAAGCGACACGUCGCUGCCCUCCACGAGCGUGAGGGCGUCACGGAGGAGGUCCUCGAGCGCCGCGCGAUCGUCGAGCGCGCUCUCCGCCGCACUCGCUGCGGUGUCAACGACCGCAUCUGCACUCAGUCCGUCACCUCGCCCAGCGACUUGCCCGCCAACGGUCGUGCUGUCUGCGGACCUAACCACCUCUGCCAGGUCGGCUGCCAGCCCGGCUACGUCUUGACCAACGGCGCUUGCGUUGCAAGCCAGCCGACCUGCGGCCCGAACACCUGCGGAACGACCCCCAACGGUGUCUUCCUCUGCUCGGGCGCCAACACCUGCACGCUCGUUUGCGACACCUCGAACGGCUACACGGCUCGCGGCAACCAGUGCAUCAACACCAACACCGACGCCGCCAACUGCGGUAGCGUCGGAAACGCCUGCCCGGCGUCGUACAACGGUGUCGGCCAGCCCGUCUGCCGUGGUGGCUCUUGCCGCAUUGCUUGCCCUCCUGGUACCGUCAACCGCCUCACUCAGGACCGGUCCGCAUUCUACUGCUACGGUACUCCUCUCAACGUCUAA